AGAGAGGGAGAGAGGGAAUAGCAAGCAAGACAUGCAACAACAAUAGCAACCCGGGCACCCACGCACAAGGACAUUAACGAGGACAAUCAGUCAAGAUGAGUGAUGAUCAGACGCUCGCAGCGCAGAAUGAAGAUAAAGUUGCCAAACAGCAGGUCGUCGCGUACACGCAAAAGUCGCAGGUCAAGCACGAGACGCGCCACAUUCAGCUGGUGCGCGAAUAUGGCUUCCAUCCGCGCACCAAGGCCUCCGUGGAGGACGGCGACGUAUUGCCCCGAAAGUUUGAGCCCUUUCCGGAGGACAUGUACGGCAAACCGCUUGAGGAGAUUGACACCUUCAUAUACGAGGAGACAUUUUGUGUGGUAUCAAAGCGAUUCCGAAAGAAUUACAUACACCGGUUUACGGGCACCAAAAGCCUAUUUCUCUUCCAUCCAUGGAGUAAAUGGCGACGCGUAUGCGUCUACAUUGCAACAAAUCAAUUUUUCGACUACUGCGUGAUGGCAACCAUUCUAUUUAACUGCAUUUUCCUAGCCAUGACUGAGACCGUGGAGGAAGCUGAAUAUAUCUUCCUAGCCAUUUACUCAAUUGAAAUGGUAAUCAAAAUCAUUGCCAAAGGCUUUUUGCUCAACAAGUACACGUAUUUGCGCAAUCCGUGGAAUUGGCUGGACUUUGUGGUCAUCACCAGUGGAUAUGCGACCAUUGGCAUGGAGGUGGGCAAUCUGGCUGGCUUGCGGACAUUUCGUGUGCUGCGCGCCCUAAAGACAGUAUCCAUCAUGCCCGGCCUGAAGACAAUUAUUAACGCGCUCUUGCAUUCCUUUCGCCAAUUGGCGGAGGUCAUGACAUUGACCAUCUUCUGCCUGAUGGUAUUUGCCCUCUUCGCGCUGCAGGUCUAUAUGGGGGAAUUGCGCAACAAAUGCGUACGCAAUGUGCCCACAGAUUGGACGAACAUAUCGCAUCUGGAUUGGAAAAUUUGGGUCAACGACACGGACAACUGGCUGUACGAUGACGACGAGCUGCCCACGAUCUGUGGCAACUUAACCGGCGCCCGGCACUGCCCGCUCGGCUUCAUGUGCAUCUGCGUCGGCGACAAUCCCAAUCACGGCUACACAAACUUCGACAACUUCAUGUGGUCCAUGCUGACAACGUUCCAAUUGAUUACACUCGACUACUGGGAGAACGUUUACAAUAUGGUGCUGGCGGCUUGUGGUCCGAUGAGUGUUAUAUUUUUCACUGUGGUUGUGUUUUUCGGCUCAUUCUACUUAAUUAAUCUGAUGUUAGCUGUCGUCGCAUUGAGCUACGAGGAGGAGGCGGAAAUAACAAAUGAGGAGCGCAAAAAGGAUCUGUUGGAUCAUCGCGACGAUUCCACGUUUAGCUUUGAUCCAUCUGUGCUGAACGUGAAGAAGCUCACCAAGAACAACAAAAAGAAGAUCGACUCACGCAAAGGCGUGCUCCUGGCCUCCUACAGCAAGAAGAAGACGCGCCGAAAAAAGACCAAAGGCGGCAAAGACAACACCAGCAACAAUGGCAGCAAUGGCGUCGAGCAGGAGCACAUUAAAUCCCUCUCGGCAACGCCUAGCCCGGGACCCAGUCCGCGCAACAGCACCACAGAUCGUCCCUCGGCGCUGGCCCUGCAGGCGCAGCAGCAAAUCGAGCAGCAGCAGCAGCUGGUCCAAACGGAAGCGGCGGCCACUUCGCAGCAAAAGACACGCAUCAGCUUUAGGGAGGGCAGCGUAAAGAAUCCUAACAUGUUGUACCCAUCGGACUACAAGGGUCAGCUGAUAACGAGCAGUCGCCAGACGAGCUCCAAUUCGAGUGGCGGCGUCAAUCGCGAGUCCUCUCAGGAUGAUUCCGGCGUUGUCGACGAUCACGAGGAGCAGGACACGGCCAACGAAAUGGGACAUGUCUCCACAGUGGAACUGGCGCUGUCGCCGCGCGAAGUGCGUCUAAUUAAAUGCAACGGGAACAUUGCGCGCAUCAAGAAUCACAAUGUCUAUGCCCUGCAUCAGGAGUUCUCCUCAGAGGUGGUCGUGAUUGAUGAUCUGCCCGAUCGGAAUUGUGAUCGUUGCGUGCACUGCUGUGCGGAUUACGAGAGCUGGCUGCAGUUUCAGAAUUGCCUCUACAAGGUGGUGCGUGAUCCGCUCUUCGAGCUGGCCAUUACGCUGUGCAUUGUCUUGAACACCGCCUUUCUGGCCAUGGAGCAUCAUGGCAUGAGCGAGAGCUUUCGCAAUGCCCUGGAUGUGGGCAACAAGGUCUUUACGUCCAUUUUCACAUUCGAGUGCAUUGUCAAGCUGAUGGCCCUCUCCAAGGAGUUCUUCCUGUGCGGCUGGAACAUAUUCGAUCUGAUUAUUGUCACAGCCAGCCUGCUGGAUAUCAUCUUCGAGCUGGUCGAUGGCCUCAGCGUGUUGCGCGGCCUGCGCCUGUUGCGUGUUCUGAAGCUGGCACAGUCUUGGACAACGAUGAAGGUGCUGUUGAGCAUCAUUAUAUCAACGAUUGGUGCGCUCGGCAACCUCACGUUGAUCCUCGUUAUAGUCAUCUACAUAUUUGCCGUGAUCGGCAUGCAAUUGUUCUCCAAAGACUACACGGCCGAAAAGUUUGCUCCAGAUCCCGUGCCCAGAUGGAAUUUCAAUGAUUUCUUUCACUCGUUCAUGAUGAUUUUUCGCAUAUUGUGUGGCGAAUGGAUUGAACCGCUCUGGGAUUGCAUGCGCGCCGAAGAGGAGCAAGGCGCCUCGACCUGCUUCGCCAUAUUUUUGCCCACUUUGGUAAUGGGAAACUUCAUGGUCCUAAACUUGUUCUUGGCCCUGUUGCUCAACAGCUUCAAUUCCGAGGAGCUCAAAUCAAAGAAAGAGGAGGUGGGCGAGGAGUCAAAGCUGGCCCGCAGCAUUGAGCGUGUGCGCGAUCUGAUACGGAAGAAGCGGCAGGAGCGCAAGGAUCGCAAGGAGCGCAAAUAUGCCGAAAAGUUUCAACAGAUUGUGCUCGAGGCGCAGCAGGCGCAUGUGGCGGCCAGAGAAAUGGACAAGUCCGGCCUGCUGGCGGAAACCAAGUUCCAUAGAUUAAGCUACCAGGAAUCUAUGAACCGACCAGUCUCUGGCUCGGAUUUUGGCUUCCAAAUUCCGCUCAGCGAUGGCCUGCACACCAUUGUCGAUGGCCUCGAGUACGAUGAGUCAGCGGAGGCGGCAGACCAGCAGCAGCAGCAACAGCUGCAGCAACCGUCCUCUGACUAUCUGCCACCGACCUACGAGUGCGCCAUGCUGUCCGCCACGAGCAAUGGCCACAGCAAUGGUGGCGACAACAAUGUGACAUCUCUGGCUGCCACGCCGCUGGCGGGCAGAUUGCAGCAUCAGAUCUCCUCGGGCGUGGGCACGCAGCAGAACGAUUCGCGUGACGAGGCCACCUACACGGAGUCCAUAGAGCUGCGCCUGCUCGGCCAGUACAACUCGACGGACACGGAUCCCUAUGCGUAUGCGGCGGAUCAGCGCAGCGGCUCGUUUGCGCGCGGCGACUCGCUGCAGGACACCGACGAAGCGUAUCUCAAGUAUCAAAAGUCGCUGCUAACGCGAUCGCCCAGCUACCGCAAGUCGCUGGAUCGCCUCUCGCAGUCCAGCGGUCAAUCGCAGCGUUCGCUGCUGCCCUCACGCAGCCUCAAGUCGGAGGAGAGCGCCAUGCGGCGGCACUCGAGCGGGCACUCGCUGAACUCCAUAUCCCUGGAGCAGGAUGAGCUGCUGUCGCAGCAGGCGAAUCUGCGCGAGGAGCUGCUCAAUUGCGAUCAGAAGGAGCUGUUUCAGUUUCUGCAGGAGGACGACGAGCUGCUGGCCAAGAAGAAGCAGACAACCACCAGCAGCAUCAAGUCGAAUCUCAGCUACAUAUCCAAUUCCAUAAUGCAAACACUGGACUCGAGGCACUCCAGCACUGGCAAUGGGCAGCAGGAGAGCGAACCGCUGAUGGAGCACUCCGAAUUUGACAAUAUCAUACAGAGUUUUGAGAAGGAACUGGAGGAGAUUAAGCGCUCGACCAGCUCGCUGGAGCGCAAAAUCUCCACGCUCGCCGAGCCGUCGCCAGCUGCGGAUGAGGCGACCAAGGCGAUAAUGGAUCAUAUUGCUGUGAUAACCGGCGCCUCGGAGCGCACCGCUGCCGAUGAGGUGGUGCAUCCGCUGAAUCCCUACGACAGCUACGAUCUGUCCAGUGUGCCGCGACGCUCGCAGUCUGUCAGCGCCGCCGCUCAGCGUCAGUCCGUCAAGCUGAAGCGCCGCAGCUUGGAGAAGCAGCGCAAAAUCGACGAGGACUUCAGCAUAUCGAACGAAAUACGCAAAAUCUGUGAUCAAAUACACGCACCCUUCGCGGCCAUGGAGGCGCUGGCCGUGGCGGCCACCAGUGGCAGCAGCAGCACCGGCGGCGGCGGACAGUCGCCCUUUAUGCGCCGGAAGAAUGAUCCGUUUAGCGUGCAGUUCGAUCGUUUUAAGCGACUGUCGCUGAUCGAGCGUGUCGAGGAGCUGCCCGAGGAGGAUAAACCGAUAUCGACGCUGCGCAUCGAGUCGGAGAAGAUGCCGCGCAAGUUUCUCAACAGCGAACAGCUGCGCCUCGACAGCCUCUCCCUGAAGAGCACCAAUUCGUAUGAGAAUCUGCUCAUACAGAAGCAGCAAUUGUGCCGCGAUCCCAAUUUGGGUGGUGGUGUGCCGGCAACGCCGCCCACAUCCCUGAAAUCGAGCAUUGAGCCACCAACACUGGCGCAAAUUUCAUCGCUAAAGGCAACACCGCCGCUGGCUGCCCUCACGGAGCACCAGCAGCAUUAUCAUGCCACAAGCAUACAAACCACAAUUCCAACAACAGCCGCAAAGACAAUGCACCCAACGGCUGUGGGCGCGGCUUCGAAACGCCGCGCCGAGCAUCAACAAUCGAGACUAGACAAAGCCGCUUCCUUUCAAUCGGGCCGCACCGAAUCGCACAGCUCGGGCGCCGCCGAUAAUAGUAGCUCGGCACAUGCCGGUCCACGGUCCAUGUCCAAUGGCCAGCAGAAAGCAGAGCGGGCUAGCGAGAAGACUGAGCCGACGGCGGCGGCGACAACAACAAAGCCCACAUCGUCGUCGGCGUUUUCACGACUGACCGAAAAACCAUGGCAUUGUCUGGUUUCCUACGUAGACGAUCUCACUGUCGGUGGGAGACGUAACUCGCAGGGCGCCUACAAUGAUCCCAUGACUUUUCCGAGCUAUGGCCAGGCAAAGCCGCCAAAAGUGCCAGACGAUUGCUUCCCACAAAAGUGCUACGAUCACUUUUACUUCCGGUGUCCGUGGUUCAUGUCCUGCAUGGACACACCGAGCGCCAAGCAUUGGACACGCGUGCGAACGGCUGUCUUGACGGUUGUUGAUACUCCAGCCUUUGAGUGGUUUGUGCUGGUGCUGAUCUUUGCGUCGAGUAUUACGCUCUGCUUCGAGGACAUCUAUUUGGAUAGCAAUAAGACGCUGAAGCGCGUGCUCUACUGGACGAAUUUCUCCUUUAGCCUGAUCUUCGUUUUGGAAAUGGUGCUCAAGUGGCUGGCGCUGGGCUUUUCCAAAUAUUUCACCAGCUUUUGGACCAUACUCGAUUUCAUCAUAGUGUUUGUCUCCGUUUUCUCGCUGCUCAUUGAAGAGAAUGAGAAUCUUAAGGUCCUGCGCUCACUGCGCACCCUGCGCGCCCUGCGUCCACUGAGAGCGAUCUCUAGGUGGCAAGGAAUGCGGAUUGUAGUAAAUGCUCUCAUGUAUGCAAUACCAUCAAUUUUCAAUGUACUUUUGGUUUGUUUAGUUUUUUGGUUAAUUUUCUCAAUAAUGGGUGUACAAUUCUUUGGUGGUAAAUUUUUCAAAUGCGUCAAUGAAUUGGGCGAAUUGCUGCCAAUUACUGAGGUCAACGACAAGUGGGACUGCAUCGAACAGAACUAUACGUGGAUCAAUUCGAAAAUCACCUUCGAUCAUGUGGGCAUGGGCUACUUGGCGCUACUGCAGGUGGCCACCUUUGAGGGCUGGAUGGAGGUGAUGGCGGAUGCUGUGGAUGCGCGGGGCGUUGAUCUGCAGCCGCAGCGCGAGGCCAAUUUAUAUGCGUAUAUUUAUUUUGUUAUAUUUAUUGUGUGCGGAUCGUUCUUUACGCUCAAUCUGUUCAUUGGAGUUAUCAUUGAUAACUUCAAUAUGCUCAAGAAGAAGUAUGAAGGAGGAGUGUUGGAAAUGUUUCUCACCGAAUCUCAAAAACAUUAUUACACCGCUAUGAAAAAAUUGGGACGAAAGAAACCACAGAAAGUUAUUAAGCGACCUAUAAAUCAUUUUUUAGCUAUGUUUUAUGAUUUAUCCAAUUCGAGAAGAUUCGAAAUAGCGAUAUUUGUACUGAUUUUUCUAAAUAUGCUUACCAUGGGCAUUGAGCACUACGAUCAGCCCCAUGCCGUAUUCUUUAUAUUGGAAGUGAGCAAUGCAUUUUUCACCACGGUCUUUGGUCUCGAGGCCAUCGUUAAGAUUGUGGGACUGCGUUAUCAUUACUUCACGGUGCCGUGGAAUGUGUUCGACUUUCUGCUGGUGCUGGCCUCCAUUUUCGGCAUACUCAUGGAGGACAUUAUGAUCGAUUUGCCCAUCAGCCCGACGCUGUUGCGUGUGGUGCGCGUCUUUCGCAUCGGUCGCAUCCUGCGACUGAUCAAGGCCGCCAAGGGCAUACGCAAGCUGCUGUUUGCUUUGGUCGUUUCGCUGCCGGCGCUCUUCAAUAUUGGCGCCCUGCUCGGCCUGAUAACGUUCAUCUAUGCCAUACUGGGCAUGUCGCUGUUCGGCCAUGUGAAGCUGCAGGGCGCCCUGGAUGAUAUGGUAAACUUUCAGACAUUUGGACGCAGCAUGCAGCUGUUGUUUCGCCUGAUGACCUCGGCGGGCUGGAACGAUGUGCUCGAAUCGCUGAUGAUACAGCCGCCCGUCUGUGAUCCGUUCUUCAAUAGGCAGACGAACGGCGACUGCGGCCAUCCGCUGCUGGCGAUCACCUACUUUACGAGCUUCAUUAUAAUCAGUUAUAUGAUUGUGAUUAACAUGUACAUAGCCAUCAUUCUGGAGAAUUUCAAUCAGGCGCAUCAGGAGGAGGAGAUUGGCAUUGUUGAAGAUGACUUGGAAAUGUUUUACAUACGUUGGUCCAAAUAUGAUCCACAUGCCACCCAAUUUAUACACUUCUCGCAACUGUCCGAUUUUAUUGCCUCACUCGAUCCACCAUUGGGCAUCUCGAAGCCCAAUAAUGUCGCUUUAGUGUCAUUUAAUCUGCCCAUCUCUAAGGGCAAUAAAAUACACUGUCUCGACAUUUUGCACGCGCUAGUUAAGCACGUGCUAGGUCAUGUCGAGGAGACCGAUAACUUCAAACAGUUGCAGGAACAAAUGGAUGUCAAGUUCAAGAAACAGUUUCCAACCCGCAAAGAAUUGGAAAUUGUUUCGUCGACGCGGAUCUGGAAGCGCCAGGAAAAGGCAGCCAAGACCAUACAGACCGGCUGGAAGGACUAUUUGCGGCGCAAGCUGGAAAAGGAACGCUCCAAUUCUGGUGACAGCGCAACGCAAACCUCCAGCCCCGGCGGCUGGCAAUCGAAGCUCUCCGCGCUCAAUUUCUUCCAUCUGCAGGUGAGCCGUCGCGGCACCGCCUGCUCCAGUCGCGCCUCCUCGCGCAAAUCAUCGCGCGCCUCGGAUGGCUCCGAUCUCAGCGAGCUGGCCGGACCCUGGCUGAAUCUGCCGCUUAUGCUCGUGUCGGGCGCCGAUGAUGUGGUCAAGGAUAUUAAACAGCAGAGCGAUGAGCUGGGCAAACGCGGUAGCAUAUUUGUGGAAGCGCCUAGAGCAAAUCGUCGCCGAAGCUUUUAUAAUUUCUUUUUGCGUCAUCAGGAUGCUGUCGAUGACAGCUUAACCUCACCUUCAGUACAUAGAAAAACUGCAAUGAACACCAACAACACCACAACCUCAACCUCCACAUCCGCCUCUGCCUCUGCCUCCGCCUCCGUCUCUGCUAGCGCCACCAACGUUGAAAGUGACAAGCAAACGCAACAACAACACCAACAACAGGUGGCGCCAACUCCAACGCGUAAGCGCGCGUCUAGUUUUAUACGCAAGAAACCGCCCCUAGAAAGAGGUUUGUCAGCACAAAGCGCUUUAAGAGUUAACAAGAACGCUUAUGUCUCGGAGGCCGCGGCGCCGGAGGUGAUUGUGACGAAGCCAUCGCCGGAGCAGCAAACGCAUCCGCACGUGCAUGCACUCGGCCUGCGGCCGGACAAUGCGACGCUGGUGCAUGUGCUGGUGCAUCGCGAGAGCGAGGAGUACAAGGAUGAGGACGAGUGUAGCCUAUCGUCACCUGGCCAUGGCUCGACAAACGGCAAUGGUCAAGAGAAGCCAAAACCGCCGCAAAUACGCAUCAGCACAGGCUCAUCCGAGAGCGCCAUGGACACCAGCCUAAUGCCCACGGUACAAAUAAUGGUCGACAGCCCAAAGGAGCCGCCGCGUGGCGAUUUCAGCACUGACAGCGGCUAUCCAAAUGCUGCCCAGCCGCCGCCGACCAUCGAUGUGGAUGCGCCCAUCGAUGUCAAUGUGCAGGGCGAUACAUCGCAAGUGUUCUACGACUACAAUCCCGAGUCCAAUCUUGAUAAUACAAAUGAUAUAGUCGCGUUAGAGGAGCAGCCGCAAGCGCCGCCCGAUGCCGAAGAUAAACAGAGAUGACCUUCAGUUAACAUGGAAGCGCAGCUGCCAGAGCCGGAACAGAAGCAGCACACAGGUAGAUGCAGCAGCAGCAGCAGCAGCGAGACGAUUGGCUGCAGCAGCGCCAGCAGCAGCACCUCAUCAGCUAGCCAGUCAACUGGUGCCGCCGGGCAGCGUCCAAGUUGACAAUCUCCAGUCUGAGAGCACUUUUCAUGUGCAUAUGGGAGAGUAUUUUUAAUUGCUUAGAGCUAGGCACGGGGCGAACGUUUGCCCCUUUGUUAUUCUAGUCGAUUAAUUAUAUAUAUAUAUAGUCGCUUUAUACGAUACUUAAACAGAACUAUCCAAAGUUUAUAUCAUUCUAUAUACAUAUAUGUAUAAAUAUAUAUAAGUCUUGGCAACAGUGCGCUGUGCGUCCAGCCAAGUGUAGCCUAGUCCUAGUCCUAGUCCUAGUUUAGUUUACGAAAUCAAUAUAAACUCUGUGUUAACAAAACGUGCAUUAAACCGUACAGUACGUACACGUUGUAAUACUCAAAUCAAAUCAAAACCAAACAGAUUAAGACACUAACAUUAAUAGUAAAAUUUAACAUUAACAUUAACAUUAACAUUAACACUAACAUUAACUUGAUAUAUGAUAUAGCUAUGUAUAAAUAGGAACUAACUAAUUGGUUGGUUUUUCGUUAUGUCAGUCUGUCAGUCAGUCAGUCAGUCAAGUGGCGAUUUCGAAGAUAUUUUAAAGGUUGUUUUUAUUAAUUAUACAAUACAAUACAAUACGAUACGAUACGAUACAUACAUACGUAGAUAUAUAUAUACCUACAUACAUAUUGUAACUAACAAUCGCGUCGUAGACUUAGGCCCGUAAUCGUAAUGAUAGAGUUUGUUUUUCUUCAAUGCAAUAAAUACAUAUGUAUAUAUAUGUAUAUGUACAAGUACAUAUAUGUAUAUAUAUAAAUUUGUACAUAUGCCAAAGGAAGUAUUUUAAAGCUAAUUAUAUACAUACAUACAUAACUAUUCAUAGCAAACAUUCUACUUUAGUAUAUAGAAAGAAGCAUACGUUAUUUAUAAAAAUUAGUUAGCGACAAUUGAAUGAAAUAUUUAUGACAGGUUUUUCCUAUUUUCUCCAAAACUUUCUUUUCGUUCGAUUAGAUUAUAUGUACUUAUAAUAGCCAUACCGAUCAAGUGUAUAAGUACAAACAAAAUGAGAAGUAUUAUAAAGUAGUUUUUCAAUGCUCGCAUUAUUUCUCAAAACAAAUUCAAGAACAACUCAAACUAUAGCCAAACGAAUAAUGUCAAGUGAUUUAAACAAAAAUUCCCAAAAAAAAAAACCAAAAUGCAAUCGAAAUCAAUCUAACAAAUUGUAUAAGGCCCAGUCGGGUAUUUAUUUAUACAUAUACUCACACACAAAAUCGAAUAAACUUUAUGCUGUAAUACCUAAAAAACGUACCAAACUUACAGGCAGUUUGAAGACCGCAGUCCUACCUAAGCAAUGUGCAUUGUGUACCAGUGAGAACUUUUAUUGUACGGCAACUAAACGCAAUAUCGUGUACUUACCAAUGUUUCUUUAUUUAGUCUAACUAAUUGUGAAAUCAAAAUUGCAUAAAUGCUCUUCUAUACAAGCUUCCACAAAACAUUGAUGAUACAUAUAUAUACAAAUAUAUACAUUAAUUAUAAUUACGAAACUAUAUUUAACUAUAUACAUAUAUACUUAUAUUUGUAUUCUAUUUUAUUAGGCCUCGGCCAAGUUUCGAAGAAACUUAUUUGACAAACUUUCUGUGAGAUCAAAAUGGUUUGUGUUUACUUAGCUGCAUGCAAUCAUAUAUUAAGUUUUAACAUCGAACAGUAUAACUCUCCUCUAAUACACACAGACACUUCUAUACUCUACUCUCUAACUUAACAACAGACAAUCAGACGGCGAUUGAUGAAAAAAAAAAUUGAAAUUAUGGUACCAACUAAAUCGUUUUUCUCCAAAGACAAACAA